UGCCCAGUACAUUGGCGUUGCUCUUUUCUUUGUGGUCUGUCCGGUCCGAAAUUCUGAGGAAUUUAGUUCUUAAUGUAUAUUUGACACACUAAAGGAUGUAUGUGGUGGCUUGGAUAUAUUUUACGUCCACCCAACUUAUCCCCUUACGGUGCAUUAAUGGACCCCUCGCUUAAUAAUGACUAUGAGUUCGCUCUCUGACAGUUUGGUUGCUUCGGAUCCCUCCAAAUCGGCGUUUUUGGAAUUCGGUCACGGCUACCCACCUCACCAACAGCACUCUCCCGGUUUGUCUCACGGACAUUAUCCCGUUCAUGGGUUGCAUCCGGGUGGACAUUCGCAGCACGACACUCCCUUCUCCACCGGCGCGUCCUCCUAUGGUCGCUCACUUGGUUACUACCCGGGUACGGUGGGCGCUCACCAUUCUAGUGCCUACCUUCCGUACCAGCCCAGUAACCACAACAGCGGGUUGGGGCACACAAGAAUCGACGACUCAGAUCACGAAAAGCCAACAGUCAUCGAAAACGGAGAAAUUCGUCUGAAUGGCAAAGGAAAGAAGAUUCGCAAGCCACGGACAAUCUACUCCAGUUUACAACUGCAGGCCCUGAACCAGCGCUUCCAGCAAACGCAGUACCUGGCUCUGCCCGAACGCGCUGACCUCGCGGCAAAGCUGGGUCUGACGCAAACUCAGGUUAAGAUUUGGUUCCAGAACAAACGCUCAAAGUACAAGAAGAUCAUGAAGCACGGCUCGAGUGGACCUGAAGGGGAGCACCUCCAUGCGGUCUCCUCGGCGCCCCCCUGCUCCCCCGGAAUGCCACCUCUCUGGGACGUUUCUAUGACGAACAAAGGAGCCCCCAUGCAUUCUGGCGGAUAUAUGAACUCCUUCAGCCCCUGGUACCCAAGUCACCACCAAGACUCUAGAACUCAAAUGAUGUGAUGGUGACGAGGACUGUGUCCCACGCGUGCAUGUCCGGUCCCUGGUUGUCCUCGGCACUUCUGCUGGUCCACUGAGGUGGCUGAGGGAGUGACUGCCUGUAAGAUGUGGAUGCAAACUCAACUCACACACGUUUGUUUGUUUUAUUUUUUUUUUUCCAGAUAUAUACACAUGCAGGAAUGCUUCAGUAUGAAGGUUGUAAACUGUUCUGAUGUUGCUGAAUUUCCAUCUUGACAUUUUUUUUUUUUUUGGUGUGAGAUCCAAAUGACUUUUCCACUCCGACAGAUGUGGACUUCACUCUAAUUGGACAGAUGGAACAGGAGUUUUUCGUCCAGCUGCCUUGGAUUGACAUGGAUUUUCUACGAUAACACAAGUGCAAAAUACCUUCCAAACUCACUUUUGCUCCAUUGAUUUUGAUAUGAGGCUCAUAAUAACUAUUAACACAGCCAACUGCUGUCAAAAACACACAGCCAACUGCUGGCUUAUCUACCAGAUGAAAACUGUUUGAUCCUAUUUCAUUUUGAAUUUGUUUAUCUGGAUUUACUUUUUGCUUGUUUUGUUUUCUUAAUCUGUAGCAUCAGACCAUGAUUCUCUUGUAAAUUUACGUUGAAUAACGCGUAUUGUCCUGCGUAGUUUUUCUCUUUUUUAAUGUUUUGCUCAUAGGUUUCUAUUUUACAGGAAAUGCUAUUUCACAAUUUAAUGCCUAGGACUUUUUUCAUAGACAAUAAAGGACAUAUUUGUUGUA